CCCUGCCAUCACUUAUGCCUACAGGACAAUGGGUAGUGUCAGCAGUGUCAUCAAUGGCAACAGCCUCAACAGCAAACACUGCAAGGCAUCUGAGUUCAGGUUAAAAAAGGACACAAACCAUCAUAGAAGAACUGGAGGGUGCAGCCUUGACGGUUUAUUGAAGUGCGGCUUUGUUCAGGGCUCUUCAUCUUCCACUUAUCCCUCUAAGGGCCUUUCCCAUUCUCGCUCAGGACGAAGUGAGGAUUUUUUUUACAUUAAGGUGAGUCAUAAACCAAGGUCAGUUUACCACAAAGGAGGGGCAAUGGAGGAGCGUGCAGGUGGAGGAAACACAGAUGAACCUGAUCGGAAACCCCAACCAAAACUGCUGCUAAUGUCAAAGAAGUUGCCUGAGAGGACUUCUGCUGAACAGUCACUGGUCCGUUCCACUGCCUUCACACCAGUAAUUCCCAGGAGUACGUCUUCCACAGAGAGAGGCCCAAAGAGCCUGGACCGCAUCCUCAGCCCACCAGAGAAAACAAAGAGUCCAGACAUUACACACAAGCAAGACACAUUCUCAGGGACCUUCUCUGACUCCGGACGUAACUCUAUGUCUAGCCUGCCCACCCACAGCACCAGUGGCAGUCUCAGUGCUUCCACAGGCCCCGUCAGUCACACUGAUAGCAACUCACCUCCUGCGAACAGCCUCAGCAAGGGACUACAACCCAAUUUCCCUCCAUGGGUCAACGGGAAUAACACUAACCUUGACUGCAGCUACACGGCUGGUUUAAACAGCAGCAGCCUGACAUCUAAGGCUAAUGGGGAUGCUGGCUCCCCACUCGCUGCAGAUAAGCCAAGCCCUCUCUGUGAAACUGCAGGUGGGAUUCGAUCCCCUAUUACUCCAGAUGAGUCACUGAUUGAGCAUUUGGAACAAAGGCUUCUGGAGAGAGAGACUGAACUGCAGGAGCUACAGGUGACGUUUGAGGAGAAGGAGGCUGAAACCUGUCAGCUGUUUGACGAGAGACAGAGGUACUGCACCGAAGAGAUUGAGGGUUUAAAGCAGCGGUGUUCCACAAGGCUACGACAAGUGUCACAGAUAGCUGCAAAAACCCAGCAAGCACUGCAGCUACAAGUGAACCAGCUCCAGGAAGAAAAAGUGAAGCUUCAGGAAGAUGUUUCCAAGCUGACCCAGGAGAAGGACUUGACCGAACUCAGAUUGAGAACUUACGAGACACAAAAUACGCAGUUGGCUCCAACACUUGAGGAAACUCAGUGGGAGGUGUGCCAGAAGACAGGGGAGAUUUUCUUAUUGAAGCAACAACUGAGAGACUGUCAGGCAGACAUUAGCCACAAACUGAAUGAGAUAGUGAGCCUCAGGGCAUCACUGAAGGAAAUCACAGCGAAGAUGGAGACGCUCAAAAAACAGAAUAAAGACCAUGAGGACAAGUUGCACUCACGCACUAUAGAGGCAGAGGUCUGCCAGAAUGAGCUUCAGCGUAAAAAGAAUGAGGCAGAUUUGCUCAGAGAGAAAGUGGGAAAACUGGAAAAAGACAUUCAGGGAAUGAAACAGGAUCUGGCAGUGGCCAAAGAGCAAAGGAUUCAGCACAGUCUGGAACUUGAUGGCCAUGCCCAGACUCAGACUUCAGAAAGACUAAUUCAAGUCUCAAACUCCCCUGCUGAGGGCUGCAGGGAGGAGAACAAGGGACAUAUGUCCACAGAAUCCCUCCAGAAAGAAGUGGAGACACUCAAACGACAGCUCAUGGAGGAGAAGGACGCCCAAGAGAGACUGGCCAACAGCUUUGAGCAGGAGAGGCAGACAUGGAACAAGGAGAAAGAUAAGGUUAUCAAGUACCAGAAGCAGCUCCAGAUCAACUACCUGCAGGUGCACAAGAAGAACCAGGACCUGGAGAGGAUCCUAAAAGAACUGACCGCAGAACUGGAGGCCCGGACAGAGCUGGGCUCGGACAUGACCUACAGCUCAGGGUUACAAACAUACGAUGACGUGAUUGCCACAGAGAUUUGAUGGGAGCACUCCCACACAUCCACCAAAAGUAACACUGGCACAUGACUGUUUUUUCACCUCAGAUAUUUAUGCAUCUACACAUCAUAGAUGACACAACAAAAUGACAGCUAGAAGUCAUUUUCACCACUCAUUUCUGUUUUUAGAAGGGUUUUUAAUAGAAGGUGCUAAAUGCAGUCUCCAAUACAGAAUUAAAAAUACUACUUAUUCUAGUAACUAUUUGUUUAAAGUAAAUUUUAAGUUAUUUAAUGUUGAGAAGAUAAUAUUUUUAUUUUUAUAUCACACUGCCAGCCUCACAUAAUAUUCAAAUUAUGUGUUUUGUGAAUGGCAGCAACUGAUUUAUGUGUCUUUUGAUUAAUGUUUGAUAGUAACACAUGAUAAGCAUGAUAGUGGCUAAACAUCUGUGGUCCAUACCAGCAUGGAAAUGACAGUGAUGUAUCUCCUGUGUCAGCUCUAAGAUCCUAAACCAUAAUUUACUCAGCUUUGUUUAUCCACUACCAUUAUUACAUUGUCCUUCACUGCUAGAGAUUUGUGUCUUUUCCAUGCCCUGAACCAUUUUUAGGGUAACUUUGAAACACUGGUGUCUUAUAUUUUCAACAACAAAACAUGUUAUAAUUAAACUAAAGUGUCAUGAAUUUCAUCAGUUCACUUUAACUUUCAACAUGUUGUGUUAAUGUGUCCUGUAAUUCACUUUGAAAAUAACACCAGUGCAUGAGCAGGUUGGGAUCCCAUAGAACUUCUACCUAUUUAAAGCUAAUUUUUUACAUUAGUUUGAUUGUGAACCCAGUAGACUGUGGAUCCUCCUUUAAAAACAAGUAGAGAUUAUAAACUUCAGAUCACCGGAUAUCGUCACUGUAUUUUUUGUUCGGAUCAUUUCUCUGAGCAAACUUCAAGCCUGAACCAUGGAAAGAAUUAAACCUUUAUUCCACAAUGACGAUGUCGUGUUAAUCCCUGUUACCGAACUCCAGAUAAUACAGAUUAUAUUAGAUAAUAUCUGUGACACAUAUCAAGGGCAAACACACAUUUUGAGAUUCACCUUGUGUUGUCUUUGAGUGUAUGGCUAUGUAUUAUUUUUAAUAAAUCUCUUUAUUGAGUUCUUUGUAGGGAAGCACCUCCCUUGUGGGAACAUGAACUUUGUCCUUAUAACAUAAAUCAUUACAUUUUAAGGUUAGAGAGCCUCUAAACACAUGGGAAUAUAACAGUGAAUGUGUGUGUGUGUGUGUGUGUGUGUGAGAGAGAGAGAGACGUGGAGAUUAAGAAGUGCAGGAUAGCACACAAUAAAAGCAAGGAAAGCAUUGAAAAAAAAGCUGUACUGUCUAUCUCUCUCUACAUUGUUCAUCCAACUUCAUAAGAGUUAGCUGGAACAGCUCCACUCGGAGACAAACAGUUCUUCCUACCAGCAGCCCCGACCAUUUGGCUCUACUAUUUUGGAGCUAUUCCAUUUCCCACAAGGGCAAAGUAGUUUGAGAAGCAAAAGUUUAACUACUCCACCCACUCAAUACUCUGGGGCUCACACAGACUACCAGGGAGAAAUAUGCACACACUGCGCUGGUCAAGAAUGUGUGGCAAUCUCUGUAAUGAGGCUGCUGGAGAUUGCUCAGCUACCCACCAUUACAUUACAUUACCACAGCAAGUCAGGAGAGAUUUGGAGGCAGACAGGCUAAGCCGAACUCCAAGGUAAGGUACAGAAACCAGCAGCACUCAAACUCAAGUGACUGAUAAGUGUUUUACAAUCCUAACUCUGGGUCUGGGCAUAGAAAAGUGGAAAGGAAUGUAGCAAAUGGAUAAGUAAUACUGCAGCUUCAGCAAAUAUGAGUUCACUUGGUGUGUGAUGGUUGCAGAAUAUUAUAAAUAAAAACAAA